AUGGAGCUGGAAAUGAGUGUAUGGAAUGUCCCAUACAAGGAAGAGAUUUUUCUCCGUUCAUUUUCGUCUCUUAUUCAACUAGGCAUUAGAACAAUGGCGGUUGAAGCACCAUACGGAAGUUGGUCGAGUACAAUUACGCCUGAUCUCUUUGCUAAGGGCAAUUGCAAAGCGAUCUGUGAACUUCAGGCUACUAAUGACGGCGUUUUUUGGGUUGAGCAGAGUGCAACUACUGGGAAAAGGGAGCUCUACUUCCAGUCUGCGAAGCCGCUAUCCACACGGGUCAGAUGGGCUCCGCAGCAAUCUGUGCAAAACUGUGUUCACGAAUACGGUGGUGGUUCCUUUCUUCCACUCAACGACGGCUCAGUUAUAUUCAGCACAGUUGACGGUGUUUUUCAGCAAAUCGCUCAGGAGGCACCACCCGUUCAGCUGGCUGAGGCAAACGACAAGAAGCUACGGUAUGCUGACUUUUCUGUUGCUAAAACUCAUAUAUUUUGUGUGAACGAGUGUCAUCUACAGCCUGGUGUCGAUCCAGAGAAUCGUAUAAUUUCAAUCGAUAUAGCAACAAAGGAACAAAAAGUUGUGGCAAGCGGUGCAGACUUCUAUGCAUCUCCUCGUGUAUCACCGGAUGGUAAGAGAUUGGUUUGGAUGCAAUGGAAUCACGUGAACAUGCCGUGGGACGAAACGUCUAUUCACGUGGCUGUGUUAAACGAGGACGGUACCGUUACCAAUGAAAUCAACUACUACUGCCCUAGUUGGGAGGGUAACCAUUUGCUGAUGAUAAACGACUCUACUAAUUUUUGGAAUCUCUAUGAGGUGGAUGUUGCGUCGGAGUUUAAGGAGAGGAACGUGUUCCCUGUCGACCAGGAAAUCGGCUAUCCGCUUUGGCAAUUCGCUGACCGACCUUAUGCUUCUAAUGGAUCCUGCAUUAUAAUGAACGUCAACGGACGUCUAAUGCUACGCCGUGAGCUAGCCGUAAGGGAAGUACCAACACCGGGCUUUACUAUGUUCUCACAUCUGAGCAUAACUGAGGCCGAUGUGGUCUACGCCAUCGCAUCGGGACCGAAGAAAGCGUCGUGCGUGUUGCGGAUCGACGUUUCUAAAGAGGAGGAGGCGGUUAUUGACGUGGUACGUACUGCACGUGAGGACAGUGAUCUAGAUGCGCUUGACAUCUCUGAACCUGAGCAUCUGGAAUUCCAGUCAGAUGGUGUUCCGGUGUCAGCUUGGUUCUAUAAGCCCAAGAAUCGCCAUUUCAACGGUCCUGCGGCAAUGCUUCCACCAGUACUGCUUCUCGGCCACGGUGGCCCUACUGCCGUAGCUGGGAACUCUUUAGACUUGAAGAAACAAUUCUUCACUUCACGAGGUUUCGCUGUUCUUGACGUAAACUAUCGCGGAUCGACAGGAUUUGGCACCAACUUCAGGAAUAUGUUAAAACACCAGUGGGGUGUGGUUGACCGAGAUGACAUGAUUGCGGCAGCCCGUUCGGUAAUAGCCCGACGACUUGUUGACGGUCAAAAAGUGUGCAUUCAAGGAAGUUCAGCCGGAGGUUAUCUCGUACUGUCAGCCCUGAUCCACUCGGACGUUUUCAAAGCAGCAGUCUGUUCAUAUGGAGUGGCAGAUUUAGUAGGACUAGCCAAGGAUACUCACAAAUUCGAGCGCGGUUACAACGAAACACUUAUCGGUAAAUACCCGGAAGAAGAGCAAAUCUACAAGGAGCGUAGUCCCAUCUACCAUGUUGAUCGGUUACAAACACCAAUCGCGUUCCUGCAUGGCAAGGAAGAUACGGUAGUGCCGGUCAGUCAAAGUGUCGAAAUGUAUGACAAAUUGCGACAAAAAGGAGUUACAACAGCGUUAAUGCUCUUCGAUGACGAGGGGCAUGGAUUCCGAGGUCCGGACGCGAUACGACGAAGUACCGAGGCGACGUAUGUUUUCCUGUGUAGGGCGCUAGGAAUCGAACCUUCAGUUUCAUCUGAUGUGAGUGAAGUUUAUUCUCAAAAUUUUCAGUGCUCCAUUGCCAUUCUUUACUCGCUAUCCCAUUGUUGUUGA